AUGUCUUACAUAGGUUUCACCGUACAAGAGUGGGUCAAGUACCAUUUUAACUCGACUCCCAACGAGUCCUUUGCAACUCUUUGUGAAUUGCUCGAAUCGCAAAAUGCCGCACCCAAAGAUCCAGCUUGGAUCUCACUUGCAACCAGAGACAAUCUUGAACACCAAUGGCAUUUUCUUCAAAGUAAAGCUGAUAAGCACAGUCUUCCACUUUACGGUGUGCCGGUGGCAAUUAAGGACAACAUUGACGUGAAAGGAUUUAAAACUACUGCUGCUUGUCCUCUGUAUGCCUUUGAGCCCAAAGAAGACGCUACCACUGUUAGGCUCUUGAGAAAUGCCGGUGCUAUAAUCAUUGGUAAGACUAAUUUGGAUCAAUUUGCAACCGGAUUGGUAGGAACCAGAAGUCCCUAUGGAAUUACUCCCAAUACUUUCAAUGACAAAUACGUCGUUGGUGGUUCUUCUGCUGGUUCUGCUUCGGUGGUGGCCCGAGGAAUCGUACCAAUUGCUUUGGGAACCGACACCGCUGGUUCUGGAAGAGUUCCCGCUGCUCUCAAUAAUGUUAUUGGUUUGAAACCAACCAAGGGUGUCUUUUCUUGUGGCGGAGUGGUCCCAGCAUGUAAAUCAUUGGAUUGUGUUUCGAUCUUUUCGUUGAAUUUGCAAGAUGCUCAAUUGACAUUCAAUUUGAUGGCCCACCCAGAUACUGAGAACGACGAGUACUCCAGACCCAUGCCAGAUAACCCUCUUGUUUCGUUUCCCUCAACUCCAAAUGUGCUUGUACCAACUGAUUUAUUGUGGUUCGGAGAAACUGAGAACCUCAAAUUGUUCAACAAGGCUGUUGAAUUUGUCCAAAAGACUGGUGUCAACAUCAAGUCCUACGACAUUGAACCUUUACUUGAAUUAGCUCGAUGUCUUUACGAGGGACCUGGGGUUUCUGAACGAUACGCUGCUAUCAGAAAGUUUCUUGACACCAAUCCUCCAACUGAUACUCUUGACCCUACUGUUAUGAAUAUAAUCAAGGGUGGAGCCAAGCAUUCAGCCGUGGAUGCCUUUGAGUUUGAGUACAAGAGACAAAGAAUUUUGCAGCAAGUGGAAGAAAUUAUUGGACGAUAUUGA